CUCAAAUAGGGGAGUGACACAGUCCACACUCAGGACUAGCCCACCUGCGGCCACAGAGCAAGGACCUGCUGCGGCCUACAACCACUGACUCCUGCUCCCCUGAGGGGAGAAAAAGAUGACAGUUCCUGCCAAGUCCCAAUCAUAAGACUCAAGCUUGGUGAGUUUUCUGGGAUGGACAGCUGCUGACAACUAACUGGGCCUGCGGAGGUACUGCUCCCACCACCACCUUCUCUCAAUCCAGGGAAACGCUGUCUGUAACUGGUCUGACCUCUCAACUCAUAACCUGCAGGGCCUGAAGCCACUGGACUAACCGGCCACCUUUGUACACCCCAACCGGACAAGUUUCAGGACUCAAGAAUCCACAGGACCAACAUCUCUGCAUCCUGCACUACUGCCGGCCACUCCCAAAGCACCAUGACAUGCCUUUGGGUCCUCUAUUUUGCCCUUUUCCCCUACUCCUUGUCCUAUCCCGAAAGCUGGAUGCCUCUUAUAAACCUUACCCACCACAUCCUGCGUGAAGCCAACUCCUCCCUUUUUUCCAACUGCUGGGUCUGCUUGUCCACCCAAACCCAGCGCUCUCUAGCGGUCCCAGCUCCUCUGUCCACUUGGACAGACUCACCCAUGAAGCUUCACCUCACCUACUCGGUCAAGCCCUUUCCUGGCUCCUAUCCAAUCACUAACAUCGAGAGGCGCCUCCAAGUCUUCCACCCACUGACUGCCUCCUAUUCUUUCCACAAUUCCGAUCGACGGGCUAUCGCUUUUCUUCAACUCGUCAGCUCAACAGGCAUAUUUCCCAUCAUCACCCGGCUCACCUCUGUGAUAUAUCCGGAUAUGGACCACUUCUUCGAAACUGCCCAACGCCCUUUGUGGGGACCGCUCUUUACCGAGACUCUCCUCAAGUCACAGGCCCCUCUCUGCAUUUCCCGCUUCUUCAAGGUCUCAGCUUAUGCCACUUUUGUAGGCGCCCUCCCUGCCUCUCUCUGCAACUACACCCUCCACAUGGAACCUUCUACCAGUUAUGAAAACCUAGAUCUGUCCACCAUCCAUCCAUUCAAACAGGCAAUGAAAAGACCAGAUGCCAAAUGGAAAAAUCCACUCCGCUUUUCGGGACCCCCCUCCCUUGUCUCCACAAAACCUUCUUACUAUCCCUGCCCAACAGAUGUCAAACACUGUCACACCUCCCCAGCCACUCCCUGGAUGCGCUGUCCUCUCUCUCCCUCUGGUACCUGCUAUAAUCUUACUCUAUAUGAAUCAGACAAUUUAACCCACCCUGUUACUGUGUCAGUGAACCCUACCUACUUCAAGAUCAAACUCCAGGGACACAGGGACCCCUAUCCAUACUUCCAUUACCAGCCCCUCACAGGAGCUGCCCUAUCUGGACAAUAUUCUGUGUGGGAAAAUGAGGUCACUAUUCAUGAAAACUGGGAUGUCACCUCAAACAUAUUCUCACACCUUCUUACCUUCUCAUACUCCUUCUGUCUCAACUCUUCAGGAGUUUUCUUUCUCUGUGGAACAUCAACUUAUGUCUGUCUCCCGGCCAAUUGGUCCGGUGUCUGUACCCUUGUCUUCCAAUACCCAGACAUUGAACUACUCCCCAAUAACCAAACGGUGCUUGUCCCCCUUUUUGCUUCAGUUCUUUCCUCAGCCUCAGCUUCUCGCCCAAAGAGAUCCCCACACCUCCUCCCCUUCCUUGCAGGCCUGGGUAUCUCUUCUGCCCUUGGUACCGGCAUAGCUGGCUUGGCUUCCUCGAUGUUUUAUUUCCAACGGCUUUCAAAGGCUCUUUCAGAUACCCUGGAUGAAAUAGCUGCCUCUAUCACUACCCUCCAGAACCAAAUAGACUCGCUCGCAGGUGUUGUUCUUCAAAACCGCAGAGCUCUGGACCUCAUCACUGCCGAGAAAGGGGGCACCUGUCUCUUCCUCCAGGAAGAGUGCUGCUUCUAUGUAAACCAGUCUGGAAUAGUCCGAGACGCGGCAAGGAAACUCCGAGAACGAGCGUCAGAACUUGGCCAACAUUCUGACUCUUGGGGACAGUGGCCCGAUCCUGGAUACUGGCUGCCAUGGCUGUCUCCCUUCCUGGGACCUCUUCUCUUCAUUUUCUUCCUACUGACAUUUGGUUCUUGUCUUAUUAACUGCCUAACCCAUUGUGUGUCCCAGAGACUUGGUUCCUUUGUACAGGACACCACCAAAAGGCAUAUGGACAGCAUCCUCCAAAAUUUCCAAUAUAAAAGACUUCCCCAAGAACCCCUAGAUGAAGUCACCACUCCUAUGUAACAGGAAGAAGUUGUGAGAGCACCAACUAUGCCCUCCUGUCUACCCAGUAAAUAGAAAUGAGGUCAGGAGUGUUAGUCAUGGCCACAGUGUUUUGUAUCAAUGGCCAUUCCAGAAACUCUAGUAAUUUGGCCUCCAGAACUAAAACUACUUAUUUUUCCAGAUCCAAACCCUUUCUGCCAUAUCAUUACUCCCUCCCGGAGAUGUGGCCAUGAGAGAAAUUUCUCCAUCACCUGACAUUCUUCACUCCACCACUCAACUUAGCUUCUAAGCUACUCCUAGCAAUGGCCAAGUAGAGGCCAAAAAAGGAACCUUUCAAUGCCCCAGUCUAUAAGUAGAGAGUGGGCUUUCUAGUUUCUUAUACUAGAGAUCUCUAUUCCUUAGGUCUGUUGCAUUGUGGAGUGGCUUGUUCCUUUGUCUUUUUGCUUUCUGACCUCACACAAAGAACAUCAAGGUGGCAGGGAGUUCCCAACAGUUGGAAGGGGUCAGCAAGGUCCUCUCUGAAAAGCUGUUAGAGAGUAAGACACUAUUGUCCUCCCAACCUUCGACUUUACUCUUCACAAGAUAAUAAACUUCUGUUGUUUCAAA